ACACGGAGCAAUGCUUUUUUUAAUGGCAGUUCUGUGCCCUCGCAUAACAUAGCAUGUAUUAUCGUGGUAUGUGUUUGUUCGAGUGGAGGGAGAAAACGUCAGCCUGCAGCCGAAACGUGGGCCAGUGUGGGCGUAGGACUGACCACGUGAUUCACGGCUUCGCAUCAUAUAGGUCAAUGGCAAACAGGAGUGGCACUUAAUUAAAGCGAAAGUGAGUGGCACAACUAAGGAGCAACAGGGCAGUGGGCAGUGAGGAUGAUCUGUACAGGUCAUGGUUUGCUUGGCGAACAUGUUUUAUGAAGUCUCCGCAGAGCAGUCAGAUGGAUCUGGGUUCCCCUUUUGCUUUAUUCUCUGUCUGCGUUCUGACGAUCUGUCUGCUCGGGACUGCGCGCUGCUCCAACGAUAAAAUCCAUUGUCCAUGUCUAGAAGUUCCCAAAAGGAAUCUAACUCUACUUGCAACAGACACGUGCUUCCAAAUUAACCAGACUUUUCGCUACAAGUGCAAAGGAGGAACUGUGAGGAAGGUGGGAACUUCCGGUUUGAUCAAAUGCACGCAAACUGACAAUGGUACUGCACAUUGGGUCCCGUCCAACAUCAGCCUCAAGUGUAUACCUGACCCAAGCAGAACCACAACACAACCACCAGAGAGCACAGCAACAAAGGCUCACACUGACAUUCCCCAUGUCUCCACCAUUGCCACCACAGUCACAGCAGCUUCGUCCAGUCCACAGAUGACCCAGAGUUUAAGCCCCUCAGCCUCAGUUCCUGCAGAGCCAGACAGGCCCGCGCCAACCUCACCUGGUCUGCAGGCCCCGUCAGGUCGCACGCAGGCAGGAAAAGAACAAGAUGUGAGGAAGACCAAAGCGACGCACCGGACAACAGUAACCUCAACCACCGCUGAGCCUUCGAACAACGGGGCACAUGAUGCUCAUGUGUUCCCCCCCGCUGCCCACACGGUGAUCGGCUGUGCUUCGGUGGUGAUCGUCUGUGCUUUGAUCGGAAUCGGCUUCUAUUGUUAUAGACGGAGGUCAAACAGCGACGAACCACCACAGAUGCCAGAAGAAUCGAUACCCAUGAAUCCGUCUGAGCACUGAGCAAGCGUCAUCGAGUUUGACCCGCCGCUGUCACAGAGAGCAGCGGCAGAGCCUUACUGGAGCUUGUGGGAUCUUCCCCAUGUAGUGAAGAACCCAUUUGAUGUUAUUUUAAGCGUCACCAGAGAGCAUAAUAGCUGGCUUCAUUAUGACAUUUGUUGUUUGCACAAUCUCCAGCUGUUGAACUCACAACAUCUCUAUGUGCAGAUCUCAACUAAAUAUUUCACCUGCGCAUAUGGAACUUGAAUUUCGAAGACUCCGACUCUGAACAUGGCUGCAACAGUCUCUUGUUACCGCCGUGGGUCCUUUCCACACAAAGACACCAGCACCUCUCAAAUAGCGUUUAGUAAUGUUCUUUAUUGUUGCUCUCGGCCGUGCGCUCUCCUGCCGUGCGCACCGCCGUACAUGCACGUCUGUCGUCCUGCCCGUCGCCCUGUCAGCUCCUGUCUCCUGCUUACUCCUCUCUUGCGCCUCCGUCCCUACUAAUGUUUAUAUAGGGGGAGAGACAAUCAAGGACCAGUUUCAGCUGCGGCUAAUCAAACCUCUUCACGGCACCGUUCCCUGAACCACUGUCCCCUCUGCAGCUGCGCCCAACCACGCCCAGCCACCACAAUGGCAUUUUUUUUUUAUACUUCUGGUGAUAUUCUGUAUGCUAAACCCAACAAUGAAUUCACAUUGCUUUGUGCAAUAGAGCUCCAUUGUUCUCUAAAAGCGAUUAAAAGCACAUCACUAGGCCGCACCUAUACCCUGGGUCACAUGUUCCUACUUCACCGUUCCUUCAGCUGUAAAUAGUCAUUAGCUGACCUAAGCUGCAUUUAAAAUAUACUAUUACUCAUAGUAAAAGUUGUGCCCAGCUGUUAUAGGGAAUUAUUUAGCCUUCUUAGGAAUAAUUCCUGUUUUUCAAGAUUUAUAUCUGAAGUUUAACCAAUUUGCUUGGUGCUAAGAAGUGCCCUAACCAGGCGGGGAACAUUGGAAGGUAUUGAGAGACUAAUUGCUGGUUUUGCUCUUUUCAUAGGAAUGAUUGACAAUUAAGAACAUAGAGUAACUCCAACCGCACCCUUUAAAAGUAUACAGCAAACUGUGGAAGUUAUUAAGCCUUGUAUAUGCGAGUUGUAUCUUUGGAAAUUAAUAAGUUGGAGUAUUAAAGAAUUAAAGUGUUUCCACUAGCAAACUGGAAA